AUGAGCUCACCCGCAGAGUUAACAGAUACUGAAUUGCGAGAUGAAUUGAAGGCACUGGGCUUCAAUGCCCCUCCGGUAACGGGGAUGACACGGAAUACAAUGGAGAAGAAGCUACAGAUCUUAAGGGACAAGGCAGCUGGCAUAGAAAGUUCAAAGAAGACUCCGAAAGGCAAAAGAUCUCCGACUAAAUCAACAUCAUCUGCUUCGAGAGAUUCUUCGGCCUCCAGGACUCCACCAUCAAGAAGAUCAAGUUCACGAGGGAAUAGAGAGCCACAACCAACUGUGGUUAACGAAAGUCUCAACUUUGAUGACGAUCCAGCUCCAGUUGUCACCAGUCCUAAGCGAACCACUCCAACGGCAAGCAAGAAGGUUAAUGUUGUUCCGGAAAGUGUUCCUCGCGUGAUACCACCUACUCCAGCUGAAUCUCCAGUUAGAACAAAUCGGCCCGUUUUCAAGAGGACACCAACACCUACUAGACCAACCUUACACAAGUCUAGAGAGCCGGUUUUUCGGAUUGAUGACGAAGGUAGGGUUCAACGUUAGUAUAAUUAGAAAGAUGUAUCUUGACUUUUACUUACGUUCAGGUAGUUUUUUAUUUAUUUUUUAAUUUUAGUUUUUGGACACAGAAUCGCGUCACAAGCUGAGGAAGACGAGGAUGAUCACUACGAGACUUCUCGGCCGCUGUCUCCAGAAGAGAAGAGACAUUUUGGUAGUAGUCGCGGUCAGAAACAAGACUCUCCAUUGGACAAGCUGAAGCAAUUUGGAUCUUCAGCGAUUGGUUAUCUGCAGAAGAGUGGAAAGAAACCUCAAUAUGUUAAUCAUCCUUCAGAACGAGGAUACUUUGGCACUCCGGGUGGUCGAUAUUCGCCUGUGUCACCAUUAAAGUCACAUCUCAGGGAGCCAUCGCCAAGCGUCGCUUCCGAGAUUCCUAAGUAUAUUUUAAUAUUUUUUAUGGCAUUUACUACACUAUUGUUUGUUGCGUAUGUGUUUACUGCACAUAGUUCGACUGUUGAGAAGGGAAAGGCCGUCAUUAUCGGUAAGUAGACUAGUUUUUGUCGUGUGUUUCUCUAUUGAAUAUAGCUAUUGUAGAACUACUUUAAUGUAUUGUAGGAGGAUAUUAAAGUGUUAAAUACAUUAAGAUAAACAUAUGUUGUUUUAGGUACAGUUUCGGACAUUGGAAGCUUGAUCUACAAUUAUGCGAUCAUCCCAGUUAUCGCUGCUGUUUUGGGUAGGUUAUUUUACUUUCUGUGAUGGAAUUUAAUGUGUUUUAAGUUGUGGAUAAAAUGUUUUAAAGGUAUCUUUACUAAAAUAAUGGUUUUUAAUAUUUUGAGUUAUAAAGGAGACUUAUGCUUAUAAUACUAUAAAUUGAGUGUUUAGUUAUUGGAGUAAGCACUUUGCUUUUCUACAUCUACAGAAGACACAAACUAAGCAAACUUCAAUUGGAGAACAAGAUCAGAGAGCUGGCGGACGAGAUAUCAGGUAAGUCAUGUCGUUACUGAUUAUUUUGUUUUAGUCAAGAUCCGAGAUGGAGCUGGGAAGGGAAUCAAGGACGACGCCAUUAGAGACUCCAUAUAUCCACCAACCAGAAUCUCCAACGACCAGAAGGCAUUGUACGAUAAGGCUACUACACUGUUGGAAGCUUCUGACACAAGAAUUCGAGUUGAACUUCGACUGGUCGAUGGAGUCGAGACCAAGUUGUGGUUUUGGAACGUGCCUGUGGCUGAUAGUAAGUUAGACUGUACAACAUGUUGCAAAAUAUAUUCACUGAUUUUUAGUGAUAAUGUUGUUUAAAAACGUUAAUAUUUUCAGAGUACGGAAGUCCGUUCCACAGAGAAACACUUGGAGUAACUCGUUGCUUGAAGAUCCGAGAUGUCCCAAGAGUGGCGGCGUAAGUCUUCUCAACAUUUCACAUUACUUACUCUCAUUAAAUUAUAAAGACAGUAUUUAAAUACUAUUAUUAUUUUAGAGCGCAGUCCAUCCAAAAGCUUCAAGGAGAGUUCAAUAAGCUUCUGGAAUCCGCUAAACCAAUCCUUUGCGAGUACAGAUACAGCUCUGAAACCGGACAACCCCCAGCCAUGUACCUGGCCUUCAAAUCGGUCAGAGAUUCUGGUGAAGCUUUCCAGAUUCUGAGCAGAACCUCCAAGUUCUCUUGUCCCUUGGUGGUGAAGUAUGUCACGGAUCAGAGAUUCCAUGAACGAUUCCCUGACCUGGUGUUCCCAGUGGAUCCAGAUGAGAAGAAGGACUUGAGCUACCUCUACGGAAGCCGAAACCAGCUGUCAGAUGACAAUGGAGGCAGAUGGUGA